AUCAGCACUGGAAUGGCCAUCGCUGGAAUAAUAUUAUUUGUAAGGAGUGUGCGACUGACAUCCAAGUUCACCAGCCCCAUGGCCAUACCUGUGGAGUUCAUCCGGAAGCGCGUGAAGCUGCGGGGCCGGCUGCGGCGCGUGACGGAGCAUGGCCUGGAGAUCGAGCAUGUCCCGGUCGCGGGGCCCCUGCUGCCCUGGAGAAAGGAGGCCCCAGGCGUGCUGCUGGUCAAGCUGGCAGGAGUCCAGCUCACCGAAGACGGGAAGGCCUGGCUGCAGAGAGAGCUACAGCCUUCUCAGCACCUCUGGUUCCAGCUCCUGGGCAAAGAGAACUCAUCUCUUUUCUGCUACCUUCUAGUGAACAAGGGUGGAUUCUUUAAUGUGAAUCUGAAUGAAGAAAUUUUGAGAAGAGGGCUAGGCAAAGCUGUUGCUGUCAAGGGGCUGGACUAUAAUUCUAAAACCUACUGGAAAAUUCAUAGAAAGUUACUUAAAGCUGAACUAACUGCCUUGAAAAAAGGAGAAGGAAUCUGGAAGGAAGAAUAUGAAAAAGAAACUUAUUUGGCAAAAUUCAGAGACUCCUGGAAAGAAAUAUGGAAAAAAGACAGUUCUUCAAAACCCACUGGAUCUGAUUUCAACUUGAAAACCCAAAGUUACUAUGACAAAUUUAGAAGCACUUACGAUACAUGGAAAGAUAACGUGAAUAAUUUCUCCUUAGUACUGAAAUUCAGGGAACUAAAAAGUCGUCUGCAUAGAAAAGGUUGAGGGCUCCUGGGAAAAGCACAGCCUGUAAAUAUAUGGACAUUUGAUUGAGCCAAAAUGGAAAUUUCACCAGAUGAUCAUAAGGUUGUAACAUCAAAAUUAAUUUAAACACCUUACAGUUCACAUAAAAUGCUUUUUUGAAAAUGUUAGACUACGCACUGGGUGAGGGAGCCGUGUAUGUCUUGUAAAUAUGUCAUUCUCCAUCUUCAGUGGUGGGAUUCAAACCUAGGGCCUCAUGAAUUCAAGAGGUUUCCUGUGGGGCUGCGUUUAAAGCUCUGCAGUUUUGAUGUUGGAGGAAGAAAAGUUUAAGUAUUGGCUGUUAUGUUAGUUUUUUGGGUGGCCAGAUUUAUUUUUUAAGCAAAUAUUUGCUUUCAUUUCCAGUUUUGUCUGCUUCAUAAUUCACAAUAAAGGAACACAUCCCUCA